CAGACGCGCUACGUUCGCGUGCAGCGCUCACCCAUUACAAUAUUUGAAUUUCGAACACCGAAUUCGAACUACUCAGUGUUGUGUUCAAUCGAGAAAAAAAACAAAGGCCUAACUAAAAUCAACGAUUAAAAAAAAAUAGAUUUAUUUCAAUUGGACUGUUGAAUUAUUUUUUCGUUAGAACUUUCUCAAGGACGCGUAAUUAGGAAAUCGGGAGCUGAUUAAACAAGUGUUUUUUUUUUUUGAUAAGAUAUUCGUAGCCACUCACACCGUGUCGUGUUUAGUGAUUGAUCGACGUGAUCAAUUAACGUUUGAAACGUUUUUAGUGAAAUUAUAAAGUUAUUUACUCAGUGUUGAGUUUAUUCACGCUUGAAAGUUUGGAUUUUGGCACUUUAAGAACCCCAAAACCAAAAAAAUGCCAUCGCAACCCAUAAUCCCUAACCAGCGGCGAUAGCGCACCAACCAUGCGAACGCACAGACGAAGGUUGCGGUGAUAACCCUCGAGAUGGCGUUGCUGACAAACUCGGCCUCCGCUGGCGGCCCCACGGCAACACCGAGCGCACCACAGGCGCACCAUUCUACAACACCUUUACACCACUACUUUCACUAUUUGAAGCAGCCGUCGCCGUUAGCCCAAAACCCCUACGCUCAUCAUAGCAGUGCCCACCACAUGGGGAUGGGCCCAGGUCCUUUGGGUGGACUCGGCCCGUUUGGGUUAACUCCGCAUGGAUUAGAGGCUGUAGGAUUCCCGCAAGGAGUAAACCCGCGGAAACAGCGUCGGGAGCGAACGACGUUCACUCGUGCGCAGCUAGACGUUUUAGAAGCUCUGUUCGGCAAGACGCGGUACCCGGACAUCUUUAUGAGAGAAGAGGUUGCGCUGAAGAUCAACCUCCCCGAAAGUAGAGUACAGGUCUGGUUCAAAAACCGAAGAGCGAAAUGCAGACAGCAGCUCCAGCAGCAGGCGAACACGCAAAUUUCGAGCAAAUCCUCGUCAAACUCCAAAACGUCAUCAAUAUCAUCCAGUAACAACCUUAAGGGUUCCUCUAACACAUCCUCCAAAGUGACAACUUCAAAAUCACAAUCGACCAGCUCUGGUUUAACAACUACAAAUGCUAGCAUCACAACUUCGAGUCCAAACCUUCCAAUCACACCAACGACAUCUGUAAGUCCACCAAUAAAUGUCAUUUGCAAGAAAGAAUCGACACCUUCUAACUAUGAUUCGUCACCUCUGAACAAGAAUAUGUCGUCUUUGUCGCAUUAUAACUCAACUGACGCCCUUAGACUAAGCGGAAAAGAAUCUUCUUCAUCGGAAAAUAUUUCCAACGUCCAUGGUUACGGAGUUACUCCGAAGCAAGAGUUAUACAGCAGUCCAAAAAGGCUGGACUAUUCAUCUAAAUUAGAUUACUCGGAAAAGUCUUUCGGCAGUAGUCUUGUUAAAGACCAGUACAGUUCAAGAUUAACUGGAAACUUGACACCACUCGGGUCAAAUUCUUCAAUAAUGACGACGCCUUCUCCCCCUAUAACUCCUCAGAGUCUGAACGGACCAGGCAACGUCUACCAUCCUGAUAAUUAUAAUAGUUUCCACUGGCCGGGAAGCUCGGACUACAUCAGGAGUUAUUCGACUGGACAUCACCAUCAAGGUUAUGGACAGAGCGCGUAUAAUUCUCCUUAUUAUCCAAGUCAGAUGGAAUAUUUCAACGGUUCCUCCGUCAACCAGAGCCACGGCUCCCACCACGGUCACAACCUGACAACCAAUAGCAAUCAACUCUACAACCAAGUAUCUUUCGGGAACCCGUCGCCCCCAGCCGCUUGGCCCUCCCACCACAACAUUCUCUCUUCAGGCCCAGAGUCCCCAGAAAACCAGUCCCAGAACUCCCCCCACUUGAGUAUGCUCCAAGCGUCCCAGAUAACGAACUUUUCCAAUUCUGGCAAUAGCUACUUCGCGCCUGAAAAAUACGGUAUAAAUAUGGUGUAGUGAUUCUAGUCCUUUCUUAAUUUUAAUUAUGUGAAUAAAUGACAAUGGGGACAAGACGUAACGUUACAUUACAAAUAUGAAAUGUCAUGAAAUAUGUACAUUAAAUUUCACGAAAAACAUUUUAUCGAUUUAGAACAAAAUAUGCUGUUAUUUACAUGAAAAAUGAUGUUUCACUCCAAAUUUGACUCAAAAGACUAAAAAUAAGUGAAACAGCUGAACACAGGUCCCCUUUUAUUUUGAUAAUUCAAUUUCGCACACUGUUCAAAUACUUCAAUAGAUUUCAUUGUUAUGUUAUCUCCAAUGUCAUUUAUUCCCUACACUUAAUGUAAAUAGAUUGUAAAAUAGUUGGGCGUAGUAUUGGUAAAUUAUUUACCGACUUACUAAAAACUUAUUUUGUUUCUGAUUCUUAGAACAAAAAAUAUAUUGACUAUUUUUAUUGACAAAAUUAUUAAUAGAAGAAAAUUCCACGAAAAUCAUUGAGGCUCUCUUUUUGAAAAAUAAAUCCUAAUACGUCUGCGUAAGAUAGGAUUUAUUUUUGGAAGUUUUCUCGGAAGUGGUAAAAUUAAGAAA